CUCGCCGGUGUUCGUUGCAGACUCAGGUCCUCUAGUUCUUCAACUCCUAUGCUGCGUGCUCAACAGCAGUUCAAUUCUGAAGCUUUUCUUCAAAGCCCUAGCUGGUGUACUAUACUCAGUUCACCAUGAGUGGCUCCUCACCGUCAGCAUCUUACAUCAGAAUGGUUCACCAUCUGAUAGAGAAGUGCAUCUGCUUCAACCUGAACAAGGAAGAGUGCAUGGAAUCCCUGGAGAAGCAUGCCAACAUCAACCCUGUCAUCACCUCCACUGUGUGGAAGGAGCUGGAGAAGGAGAACAAGGAAUUCUUCGAGACCUACAACAAGGACCGCGAGGAGCGGAGCAUCGAGGCCGAGACGAUGCAGCGGAUCCAGAAGAUGCUCGCGGAGGCGGCUGCCUCCAAGAGCUCCGACGACGACGAGGGCUAGAUAGCCAGCUAGAGCCGUAGAUCAGCCCAUUCAUGGCCUCGUAGCUAGCAUGUACAUCAGCUCUUCCAUUGGCUCCAUGACGCAGAGUCUAGCUUGCACCCCAUCUUUAGACCAUAUAUGCGCGCGCAAUAAGCAUAUAUUACUAUCCGGCAAGCAUAAUUACUACCAAUAAUUCCGCUACUGCAAGAACCAUGCAUGCAUGGGUUGUAAGUACUAUUAGGACGUUCAAUUUAUGUGUGUAUAUAUAUAUGCAUGUUCAUAGAUGCA